CGAGGCGGAGGAGCGCGAUCGCCGAGACGGAACGGACGGAAUGAACGACGACUACGAAGACGACGACGACCUGGAGGACGAGGAGGACCAAGAUGGCGGGCCGGGCCUCGCGCUCGAGCGCUUCCUGGCGGCGCGCGCCACCGAGCGCGAGGACGACGAGACGCGCCGAGAGCGCAUGCGCGACGACGACGUCAUGCGCGCGCGUGCCGGUGGCAGUGGCGGCGGCGUCCGCGGCAGUGGCGGCGCGCGCUCCUCGGGGGGCGUGGCCUUCGGGGAUUCGUGGGCGUGGCUCCAGGGUCAGGGGGCGUGGCCGAGUCGGGCCCGCGGCGGCGAGCGGGGCCGCGCGGAGCCUCGGCGUCGCCCGUGUGGGACCGCACCACGGUGCUCAUCGAGGGCGGCGCCUGGCCGCUGGGCCAUUCCGAGGCUUCGGCCCGCGCGUCAGGGAGUCGGCGCGGGGGAGAGGAGGGGAGGGACGACGACGAGGGGGGAGACGACGACGAGGAGGAGGAGGACGACGACGACGGGAUCGGUGGCUACAUCGAGCACACGAUCUCGCAGGACCGCAUCCUCAUGACGCUCAAGCCCGGCGCCCACACGCCCAUGCCCGCCGACAUCCAGGGAGCCACGCUCACGCUGAGCGCGCAGUGCCCGCGGACACGGAGGAGGGAGGUGAAGCGCUACCAGUGCGCCUACGAGGGCUGCGAGCGCACCUACAGCACGGCGGGCAACCUGAAGACGCACGAGAAGACGCACCGCGGCGAGUACACGUUUGUGUGCGAGCAGACGGGCUGCGGCAAGGCCUUCCUCACCUCCUACAGCCGCAAGAUCCAUGUGCGCGUUACCACGCGCGAGAAGCCCUUCGAGUGCGGCGUCAGCGGCUGCGAGAAAUCCUUCAACACCCUUUACCGGCUAAAGGCGCACCAGAGGAUCCACACGGGCAACACGUUCAACUGCGACUCGGAGGGCUGCACCAAGUUCUUCACAACACUGAGCGACCUGCGCAAGCACGUGCGCACCCACACGGGAGAGCGCCCAUUCCAGUGCAAACACAGCGGCUGCGGGAAGGCAUUCUCCGUCAGCCACCACCUGCGCACGCACGUGCGCACGCACACGGGAGAGCGGCCGUUCCCAUGCCCCAGCGGCGGAUGCGAGAGGGCCUUCUCCAGUCAGCACAGCCUCAAGAGCCACAUGAAGGGACACCCAUCUGGGGCCAGCCUCAAGUCAGAGGACAGCCAGAACGCAUUCUACCUGUCCGACUUCGACCCAAUCACCCCAGCCUCCGACAUCAGUGAGGAGACCCUGCAGAAGUGCCUGGCGGUGGAACCGGACCUGACGACGGUGACUGUGGAGAGCAUCUUCGACUCCAUGUUCCAAACCGAAGACACUGGCUCCCCGGGUGACAGGGACCACGACCCGGCAAGUGCGGACAUCCCAACAGACGCCGGCUUCCCGCUGCCUGUGCUCAGAGUCAUUCAACCGCCACCGCCACCGAGUGCCAGCUCCCUGCAGCAGCUCGUGGUAGUGCGGCAAACGGACGGCGGCAGUACCGGAGGUGCCGGUGACACCAGCGCCAACAACGACGAGGGCAUUGACGUCCCAUACAAGUGGGUGGUGCAGAGCGAUUCUGGCGUCAUGGAGGUGGAGGGGAUGGAGGGCAGCUGUGCCAUUGAUGGCGUCGUCGCCACCAUCGUUGAGCAGGGAAGCGAUUGCGCAGGUGUGCCUGACGGAGCGACCGUACCAGCAUCGUCGGGGGACGGCGGCAGCGCCAGCGGCGAUGGCGUAGGCCAUGCCGCUCCUCCGUCGACGAUUGUGCUGGAUCUCUCGGAGGCUCUGAGCCUAGCGGCGCAGCCGAGGGCCACCACGGAGAGUGCACCCGCUUCCGCGGGCGUCGUCAUGGACGAGGCGUCGAUGGAGGUGGGCGAGACCCGGCCGGCCCCCACGGGUGACAAAGAUGCUGCCGCCGCCGCCGCCGCCGCCGAGAGCAUCAACCCCGGCGGGCUGCCCGAGGAAGAGCUGCGCUGGAUCCUGGAAACGAGCGGCAUCGGCGCCGCCGCCAUGACCGCGCCGCCGGGCUCGUGGGUUGCCGGGAAGGACAAGGUGACGGUGGAGAAAGUGUACCUCACCACGGCCGUUGGGAGCCCCGCACAACUCGGAGGUAACACGGCGCAGGUGAUGGGGCUGAGGGUGCCCGUUAUCAUCAUCAAGCAGGAGGAGUCGUGCCAGUGUCACUGCGCGUGUCGUGACGCCCCCGCGGCGCCCCAGCCGCCACAGCCCGGAGCCGGCGGUACGGAGCAGCUCGCCGAGGAGCCGGGAGUACCCCCAUCGCAGAAACCGAGCGACUGGGGUGAUGGGAACGAGCUGCCACUGGGUGCAACGAUUCCAGCCGGCACGCCCGCGCCGCAGCUGCCUGCUGCAGCGGUUCAACCACCGCUGCUGUCUUCUCCGUCCACGCCGCAGCAGAACCAGCUCGCUGCAAUCGUGCAGCAGCUCGUGGCCGCACAGCCUCCGAGCGAGGAGAAGCGUCUCUCCAGCCAGACUCUGCAGGCGACGGCGACCGUGGAGCAGCCCCUGCUGGGCUCCGCGCAGCUUGCAACGAUCGCCGCGCAGCAGCUCAUUAUCGCGCCGUCAUGCUCGCCCAAGGCCGAUGCGGCGGGCGCGUCGCUGCUGCAAGAGCAGCAGUUCUUGCUUGAACAGCUACAACAGCAAUCGAUUCAGCAGCAGCAGCAGCAACAGGAUCCAUUUCAGCAGCAGCAACUUCAGCAGCAAAAUCAGACAUAUCGGCAGCAUUUGUUGCAACAUGUGCCACCAGUUCAGCCACUGCAACAGCAACAGCCGCCUGAGCAGCUGCUUCAGCAGCAGCAGCAACAACAGCCGCAGCUUGGUCUGAGUGCCACACCACACAGGAGAGGCACAGGCACAAAAGAUCCUCCUUCGCCCACUCCCCUCGCGAACGUGUCACUCAACAACCGCACAGACCCCUUUGUGCUGGUGCACAACGAGCUGAACACGCAGCUCUCGCAUGGCCUGGGGGGCACGGCGCCAGCCGGAGGCCCACUCAUCACGGCUGACGGUGGCGGCGGAGGAGGAGGAGGAGGAGGAGUGUUUGGCGACGCCGGGAGGCCCAGCCUCGUUAGUCCCGCGGGAAUGGUCUCGUUGGCACUGGCGCUCGCCAAGAACGUGUCUGGUAGCCGGGUGGGCGUGACGGGAGAAGUGGUGCCGCGCCGGUGUUGUGCGGCACAACCAUUUUGUCAGGGGACGCACUAAUGGGGUGGAUGGGUGGAUUGGCAGGAGCUUAUUGACACCAAAAGUGAAAAUGCCAUACUUAGAAUAAGAGAAGGAUAGACUGUUAAGGGACAUACUACACUAGCCAAUUGGAUGCUAGCCCGUCCCCAAUCCCUGAUCUUAACUCCACUUCUAACCCUUAACCUGGCCUCCAUUUCCCUACCGAGUUGCUUUACAGUUUCAAUGUUAGUGUUCUGUGAAACCCCGGAAGUGAAAAGCAUAUCGGAGGUGAAUAAGGUGUGAAAAAAGCAGGUAGGAAAACUAAUUUUGAAUGCUCAGUGAAAUUCUGGGUAGAAAAAAAAAAUUAAUGUUACUGUAUUUUAUUACUUUAAUUUAUUCCUACAAAGAAACAGGUGUGUUUAUAGCCGUUUUCUAUAGCUGAGCAAUACGUGAUGAGGGCAAGGCAAAAUAAAUGGUAGUUUUGUGCGCAAAUGCGGCUAACACGUGCAUUGUGUGUGAUGCAUUUAAUAACAUUUGAUUGUCGUGUUUAUGAAAUUACCAACUUUUGGCGAUUCCACAGGGGAGUGGAGGUGUCUGUGCCCCUGUAAUGAAUAGUGGCCCCCCGCUUCCCCCCCCUGCCUUGUGCCCCCCAUCCUAGAGGCAGCUCCUCGGGAUGGCUGUGGAAGCACUCGAGCUUUAGUGAAGGAUUUCAUCACAGCCAUUGCUGCUGAUAUGCUACCGCAUCUCACAACCGCUUAUUUUUGUUUACCAUGCUCUGCAGCGGUUACAUGGUUGACAUCUGACUGCCAAAAUCAGCUCUUUUGUCUUGGUCUCUCUUAGGGAGUUUUACUUUGAGGGUGUGAACAUGGGUGGUCCCACUUUAAGAAGGUGGUCCCGCUGUUUACCGUGUCCUGGAAUUGCUCCUGUGACCAACGCACAUGUAAUGUAGAGGGCGAAAUAUUUACAGCAAUUCUCUAUUUGUUCAUGGGGCAAAAUUAGGAGAGGUUAUAAAAAAAAACACUACCUAUUUUUGCAAAGGUAUGAGUUAAUAUAACUUGAAAGUGGGGCACACCUUUUUUGUUUAUGUCCGUUUUAACAUACCUGGAGAGAUGGAGGGAGGGGCGAUUGCAGUGUAACUGCAUUCUUGGGUAAACAUUUCAAGUAGGUUAACAUUACAUUUCGGCAGCACCAUGUGGAUCCUGAAUUGGCAUUGAACCGUUGUGGCUAUUGUACGAGUGGUACCGGUUCAGUGGGUGACAAGUUUCCAAGCCCAUUGGAACCAUAGUUAAUGGGACAUGUACAAUGGAACCAGUGUAUUAUUAGAUUUUUUUUUUAAUUAAAGGCAGCAUUCUUUACAAGCACUUUAUGGUUUUUGGUUAGCGUGUGUUUAUUUGUUUUCAUUAAUUUAUCUGUUUUCCUUAAAGUCCAGUCUGCCAUUAUGGAGCUUUUUUUGUGUUCGUCUAUCCUGCAACUAAAAAAAAGUAAAAAAAAAAUAUUUAAAAUAUUGGUAAUUUCUUGCGCAUUGUGGUUCAGUUAUAUUUUGUGAUUUGGCAAGAUUCCAUGGUAUAAAUUAAGCCGUGAUUUUAAGUAAUGUUUUCGUUCUGAGCACAUUUCGUGGACGUCGCGCUGGGAUCAAAUAAUCAAGGCCAAGACAUUAAUGGCCUCAAUCCGCAGGUUUAUUCUUUACUGAUGCAAUAUCGGCAUUAAGGUGUACUGCACGAAAACAUCAAGAUGUUUUGUGCUCAUGAAAAGCAACCCACGGUGUUUGCAGAAGGAGGCAAUUGCCUGUGUUGUGGUGGAAUUGCCCACAACAUAUAAGUGACUGGUGUCUCUACCUGAAAGCUUGCUGUGUAACAUCAUUCCUCUAUUUAGCUUGGUGGGUGAUGGACUCUAAAUUGCUGCAAAGGGAAUAAGCUUACAGGAGAUAAUGAUAAUGCAAUAUCAUGCUUUAAAUUUCCUCCUGGUGUUCUCCACAGAAUCUAUUGUUUAAUCUUACUUGGUUCCCUGUUUUAUAACAAUUAUUGAAAGAUUGAUAAAAAAAAUAGUUAACAGCCCCACAUACAAUAACUGGAUUACUUUAAAAAUAUCUUAAUUUUUGUAAUAUUUCCCCAAUUUUAUCCCAAUUUUCCUAUCGUGUCAUGUGACAUACCCAUCCAAAGCAGUCAACCCUUCGCAUUCGAGACUCGCAGAAUUCCUUAUUUCAGAGCUACAUCCAAGAUCACCUUAGAGUGACUAGACACAUGACUACCUAUUUUAUCCUUUUCUUCUGGUGCACAAUGUAGAAAAUCACUCGGUGGUAGUGUCAUUUAAGAAUUGUAAAGCAGUUGUAUUCUGAGGCAGUUUUUUUUGUUGCCUCAUUUGAGAAAUCAAUUUUGCUCGGUUGAAAGCAUCGGGAAUUUGUGGCGGCCUUUACCGUGGGAAGCAUUGUGGAGGGGAGUGACAACAGCUUGCUGCAAGCUCCGUGUGACACGCCAUGCGGUCGUGUUCAUUUGAAUUAUUUUAAGGCCAGCAUAGCCACGUUACAUUAUCUCCCGCAGUACAUCGCAACCUCCCAUGUGGCUGAUGCAUUCUUUCAGGUUCGUUGUAAUUUUUUAAUUCUGAAAGUCGAGGAAUCGAAAGCUCUGAAAUAUUUGUGACUUGAGCUUCAACAACAACAUAUCGAUGCGACGAGGGGCAGGUGCUGCUGAGAGUUUUGUCCACAUGGUGGCACCGUUGAGUUUGAGGUCUGUUGCAGAAAAUGUACAUCCCCCCCCCCACCUUAAUUAACUUUUGAGGCAUUAAGAGUUUGUUGCUUUGAUCUCGAUGGAAGUGUUUUCUGUAGGAACUUUAAUUUUGAAUUUAACAAAUUAAAUUAUAUAAAAUGCAGUAAAUGUAACAUCUUAAAAAAGUGCUUAUUGAUUAUAUAUGUAAAUAUUGAUAUUUGGCAAUAAAACUAUUUUCACCAAAUAAUA